CAACUUGAUGUGUGUCCAAUCAGAUUUUUAGUGACCCCUGCUGUCACUUCAGGAUGGACUGAGUGUGCACUGAGGGAAAUAGAAAAAUGGACCAUGGAUAACACUAAGCUUACAAGGAGAAAUGUCAUAAUUCGAUGUUUAUUGUAUGGGUCCUUGACAUUUGGGAUGUGGACAACUCUGUUUUUCUUGUAUUUGCACCGUAUCCACACGCACUACUUGGAGAAGACGAGCCAGGAGCUUUCGUCAGCUUGGUAUCUGGAACAAAGUGAGCAGCAGCCAAUCACCCAGGACCCACAGCCACCGUCAAAAGCCCAUGUGGUAGUCAAAAAUAAACCUGAAAAACUGCAAACAUUUACUGUGUUAGGGGAGAAUAUUAACUAUUCGGACCCAAAACUUCUUGAUGGACUUUCAAAAUAUGGAUUUAAUACCAUAACCAGUACAAAUGUGGGCUUUAAGAGAGAGGUACCUGAUACAAGGCAUAAAAUGUGUCUUCAAAACCACUACUCAACCCACCUACCCACUGCCAGUGUCAUCAUCUGCUUCCAUAAUGAAGAAUUCAAUGCCUUGUUUCGGACAAUGUUCAGUGUUGUGAAUCUCACUCCAAACAGUUUACUUGAAGAAAUUAUUUUGGUAGAUGACAUGAGUGAAUUUGAUGAUUUGAAAGAAAAACUUGACUAUGUCUUGGAAGUUUUUCGAGGAAAGAUUAAAUUAAUAAGAAACCAAAAGAGAGAAGGGCUGAUUCGAGGAAGGAUGAUUGGAGCAGCUCGGGCGUCAGGGGAUGUCCUGGUGUUCCUGGACAGCCACUGUGAGGUGAACAAAGGCUGGCUGGAGCCCUUGCUAUACUCCAUUGCCAAGGACCACAAAAUGGUGGUGUGCCCUCUGAUAGAUGUCAUUGAUGAGACCACCCUGGAGUAUCGGGCCUCUCCCGUUGUAAGGGGAGCCUUUGACUGGGAACUGAAAUUCAAAUGGGAUAAUGUUUUCUCUUACGAGAUGGAUGGACCAGACAGACCUAUUAAACCAAUCCGAUCACCUGCAAUGGCUGGAGGAAUCUUUGCUAUAUACAGGCAUUAUUUCAAUGAAAUUGGACAGUAUGACAAGGGCAUGGAUCUUUGGGGAGGAGAAAAUUUGGAACUUUCUCUAAGGAUCUGGAUGUGCGGUGGACAGCUCUUUAUAAUCCCCUGCUCCCGAGUAGGACAUAUUACUAAGAAACAAUUCAAAGAAGUUUCUGCCAUCACUAGAGCCUUUACACGUAACUCUCUAAGAAUGGUGCACGUCUGGCUAGAUGAAUAUAAGGAACAAUUUUUUCUUCGAAAACCUGGUCUAAGAUCCAUUGCCUAUGGAAACAUUAGCGAGCGAGUCGAAUUAAGGAAGCGAUUGGGUUGCAAGUCAUUUCAAUGGUAUUUGGAUACUGUCUUCCCAGAGUUGGAGGCAUCUGUGAACAGCUCAUGA